UGGUUGGGAGGUGUACUGCCUUCCCACACUCUCCCUUCUGUACUCACCAGGCUGCAGCUAAGGUGGGAGAAAAAGUCCUGGCUUGGAGAACUGAGCGGAAAAAGCGAUCCCAAUGGGUUCUUGGAAAACUCUUCUCUUCACCCCUUUUCUUCUGUGGAGUCAAAGGAAGGGGUUGAAGUUGAUGUUCCUGUUACUGACCCUGCACCUGGGAAACUGUGUUGAUAAAGCAGAUGAUGAAGAUGAUGAGGAUUUAACAGUGAACAAAACUUGGGUCUUGGCACCAAAGAUUCAUGAAGGAGAUAUAACACAAAUUCUCAACUCCUUGCUUCAAGGCUAUGACAAUAAACUUCGCCCAGAUAUAGGAGUGAGGCCCACAGUAAUUGAAACUGAUGUUUAUGUAAACAGCAUUGGACCAGUUGAUCCCAUAAAUAUGGAAUACACAAUAGAUAUAAUUUUUGCCCAAACCUGGUUUGAUAGUCGUCUAAAAUUCAAUAGUACCAUGAAAGUGCUUAUGCUUAACAGUAAUAUGGUUGGAAAAAUUUGGAUUCCUGACACUUUCUUCAGAAACUCAAGAAAAUCUGAUGCUCAUUGGAUAACAACUCCUAAUCGUCUUCUUCGAAUUUGGAAUGAUGGACGAGUUCUAUAUACUCUAAGAUUGACAAUUAAUGCAGAAUGUUACCUUCAGCUUCACAACUUUCCUAUGGAUGAACAUUCAUGUCCAUUGGAAUUUUCAAGUUAUGGAUACCCUAAAAAUGAAAUUGAGUAUAAGUGGAAAAAGCCUUCUGUAGAAGUGGCUGAUCCUAAAUACUGGAGAUUAUAUCAAUUUGCAUUUGUAGGGUUACGGAACACAACUGAAAUCUCUCACACAAUCUCUGGGGACUAUAUUAUCAUGACAAUUUUUUUUGACCUGAGCAGACGAAUGGGAUAUUUUACUAUUCAGACCUACAUUCCAUGUAUUCUGACAGUUGUUCUUUCUUGGGUGUCUUUUUGGAUCAAUAAAGAUGCAGUACCUGCAAGAACAUCACUGGGUAUCACUACAGUUCUGACUAUGACAACUUUGAGUACAAUUGCCAGGAAGUCCUUACCUAAGGUUUCUUAUGUGACUGCGAUGGAUCUCUUUGUUUCUGUUUGUUUCAUUUUUGUUUUUGCAGCUUUGAUGGAGUAUGGUACCUUGCAUUAUUUUACCAGCAACAAAAAAGUUAAGACUACUAGAGAAAGAAAGCUAAAAAAUAAGGCCUCGAUGUCCUCUGGACUCCAUCCAGGAUCUACUCUCAUUCCAAUGAAUAGCCUUUCUCUGCCGCAAGGAGAAGAUGAUUAUGGGUACCAGUGUUUGGAGGGCAAAGAUUGUGCCAGCUUCUUCUGUUGCUUUGAAGACUGCAGAACAGGAUCAUGGAGGGAAGGGAGGAUACAUAUACGCGUUGCCAAAAUUGAUUCCUAUUCUCGAAUAUUUUUCCCAACAGCUUUUGCCCUGUUCAACCUGGUUUACUGGGUUGGCUAUCUUUACUUAUAAAUUCUACUUACUAGGCAAAACUCAUAAGAAGUCUGACUAAAUCCAAUAUAAUCGACUGUCCUUCAAUAACAUGAAAUUUAAAUUUAAAAUGCAGAGAAACCAAUGGUUAAAAUGUGAAUAGUUAUUUUAACUAUUUUACAGCUUUCUUAGGUAAAUAAAAUAGCAGCUUUCAGAUUAAUAUACAUAAAUUUAUG